AUGUCCCAUCCUUAUAGACAAAAGGCCUCGGGCCAGAACGGCAUGGGCAACGGCACCGUGGCUUCUAGCCCUAGCUCCACGGCUCACCAGUACUAUAAACUGGAACCCACGCCAUAUCCACUUUCAGACAUUGCCCACGCUCUGGACUCCACUUCAGACGUGAGCUUCAAGAGCUCAAACUCGCAUCCUCAUCAUUACCACUCGCUUGCGGGCUCUUCUUCUAAUGUGGCCUCCACAUCGAGCUCUUCCAACCAUGCUCCCUCCACCGUGUCCAACGGCUACCCACCCGUGUCCCAGAACCCACAGACCGCGUCGAACGGUUACUUUCUCGCGUCUCAAGUGUAUCCGAAGGGUUUGGACGAAACUACGUCUUUACUGAACCGCCUAGCCACUACUUCGCUCCUGAGCCCUCGCUUCACCGCUAAUGAUGGGCCUUCUCUUCAGCAUUACAACGGCAAACUGUCUUCCUUGUCGCCUAGUCAUGACCCUCUGGUUCCUUACCCGGUGGAUGAACCUUCCCUGAUGUCCCAGAACAGAUACCUGGCCAUCUCGCCUCCGCUGAUCCCGGUUUCCGCUGAUUCCUCGGUAACAAACCUCAAUUUGGGCCAAAACCAGCAAAACCAGGACCUUUACCUGAGACCAGAGCAUAAUGUUUCCGUGGCAAGCAGCAUGCCGGGCCAGUUGGCUCGCUAUAGUCAUGCCCGUUCCUUGUCACUGUCGUCAUCUUUCUUCCAUGAUCAGGACUCUCAUAAUCUUGUUAAUGACUGCCUCGGGGAAAACCUGGCUCACUUAAUGCCUCGCAUCAAAACGAUGGAAAUGUAUCGUAAAAACGCAAAGAAGUCUACUGAUCCGGCUGUUUUGUUCCAGUACGCUCAAUACAUGUUGCAGACUGCCUUGAUGGUGGAUGAGAACUCACCAAUCAGCUCGGGCGGCAGCACUCCUAAAAAACCAUCCGGCUCAUCCUUAUCUAUAGAUACUGAUCUGACGAAAAGGAGCCAUCGCAAAUCAAAGUCAUCUAAUUCAUUCGACAUGUCACAGGCUUCUAGCGCUGAAUUGAAGCGCUCUUUACUCAAAGAGGCUCACCACUACUUGAAACGUCUUUCUGACAAGGGUUAUGUUGAUGCUCAAUAUCUUCUCGGAGACGCCUAUAGCUCAGGUGCUUUUGGAAAGGUUGAUAACAAGGAGGCCUUCAGUCUCUUUCUCGCUGCUGCUAAACAUGGACACACCGAGUCGGCUUUCAGAACGGCUCACUGCUACGAAGACGGCUUAGGCACGGGCCACGAUGCCAGAAAGGGCAUUGACUUCUUGAAAAUGGCUGCAUCGAAAAACCACCCCGCCGCCAUGUACAAGCUUGGUGUAUACUGCUUCUACGGACGUAUGGGUGUAUCACAGAAUGUCGACACAAAGAAGGCCGGUAUUAAAUGGUUGGAAAGAGCUGCUAACGUCGCUACCGAGUUGACUGCUGCAGCUCCAUACGAAUUGGGAAAAAUCUACUACGAAGGCUUUCUUGACAUUCUCAUUGCCGACAAGAUGUAUGCCCUCAAACUAUUUUCAGAUGCUGCUGCUCUAGGUCACGUCGAAGCGGCUGCUAUCCUAGGUCACCAUUACGAAAUCGGUGAAGUUGUUGACGCCGAUGCUCAAUUAUCUAUCAACUACUACACCAAUGCUGCUGUCGCAGGCCACCCAAAAUCCAUGCUUUCCAUCUGCGCCUGGUACUUAGUCGGGCUGGAACCAUUCUUGCCCAAGGACGAAGAUGAAGCCUUUGAAUGGGCUAAGCGAGCUGCUGCAGCUGGUUUGGCGAAGGCGCAAUUUGCUCUAGCGAACUUCUAUGACAAAGGUAUUGGCUGUGAGAAGAACCUUAAGGAGGCCCAAGAAUGGUACACCAAGGCAGCCGAGAACGGUGAGACCAAGGCACUCUCGAGAAUCAGCAACAAGGAUGUUGCUGCUCGUGCUGCAAAAUUGGCUAAAAAGAACCGCAAGAGAACAUCCUCGGGCACCUCUAGUCCCGGAAGUGCACCACAGGAGAAAGACUGCGUGAUCGUGUAA